UGUUGGAGAUACGGUUAGUGAAUGUGACAAUUUGGGCGAGACAUGUCAAAGUGGGUGGGAAUGAACUGGUCAUCUAAAUGACAUGGAAGAGAACGAAUCAUAUGAAGAUAAAUUAAGAGAUAUCUUUGAUUUUUACGACGAAGAUCAUGACGGAUAUAUAGCCGUGGAUCACGUACAGAGUGUGUUGACGAAGGAACAGUUUGGUGUGGCUCAACCUCAGGAAAUAACUGGCAUAAUCAACCUUUUGGACCCUGAUGGAACUGGCAUUAUAGGCUUUGGUGACUUCUGUGAAGGGGUGAAACAGUUAGCAGCAAUUCAAACACAAGUUCAUACUCCUGACGACAGUUUACGUGGAAGCUGUAGCCUUGAAACACUGGUACCAGUUGAUUGUAAUUCUCCAGAACUCUCUUUAACAGAGAGACAAUUUGCUGACGGCAAGCACACUUUUGCAGAGUAUGACAUAUCCGGCAUUGAUGAGACCAAUAAUAGUGAUCUUGUUGAAAACGGUGGCCUGUCAUCCAACCUAACUUUCAAUUCUUACCUGGCUCCACCGACCUCAGAGGACGAAGGGGAUAGCGCCAUCAGUGGCAAGUCAUCAGAGCUUAAUGAUAAUAGCCGCCAGGAAGUAACCGAUGAAGACAACUAUGAAGAUUAUGGGGAAUCAGAAGCAGAUGUAUCAGAUCAGGGAUUACUUACUCCAGUAACUUUAAGGAAAAGUCACAACAAAAAGGAAAUACUGUCAAGACCUCACAAACGAACAUGUCCCAACAGAAGACUCACAUCUGCUGCCUAUGCUAGGCAGCUUCAACGAGAUUCUCAUUCUCCUAACAGUACAAGGAGAAGCAGCUUUGGGUCAGAUAUAGUCUACGACGACAUUGAUGGCAACUUUCAAAAUAUAGAUGACCGGAUGAAGUAUCUAGAAUCCCAAAUUCACAAGUUAUCUGACAAUCAACUUACCACACACUCUACUUUGAAAAAGGAAAAUUCUUCUCUAAAAUCAAAAGUUCAUGACCUUGAGGCCCAGCUGCAGAUGAUGGAUUUUAGAACAGAAGAGAGAUUGAAUGAGGAACGUCACAAACACCAAGAAUACAUCACUCGACAAAACAGAGAAAAGAGUGAUGCACAGAUGGAUUAUGUCACACAGAGGCUACAGAAGUUGGAGCAUGAUAAUGAGAAGUUGACACAGGAGCGACUUCAACUGCGUACCGAAAUUCACCAAGUAAGAUCUGAGAAGCUGGACCUGCAGGAUGCAUAUGACACCCUGUCUGAUGAGCAGCAGAAAUUACAGACAGAAUUACACAAACUUACUCAGCAGACGGAACAUGAGAGGCAGACAACAGGACAGCUCCUGGAUGAGCUUGGAAAAGAACUGGAGGACUUGCGCAGAUACAAGAUCGAACAUGAAACAUUUCAAGGGCGUAAAGGAAGUGUGGGGGAUCUACCUGCUCGCUAUCAAGAUCUGCAAGCUGAAUUACAGAAACUGAAAGAGAUGUAUAUGGAUGAAUGGAGAAACUUGUUCAAGGAGAACAAGAUUCUGAAAGACUCCAAUGAAGACUUAAAUGCUCAGCUGCUAACUCGAUGUAUGGAGGAGGGCAGGUCAUUGCUGCGAGACACAAGUGGAACAACCCUUGCGGAGGAACUAGAGCACCUGACUAAAGAAGAGAAUAUUGCGGAUGAAGAUUUUAGAAAGCAGCUACUUGAGAGGUUGAAGAGAGAGCAGGAAAUCAACUUGAGAUUGAAGCAGUAUGUUGACAAGAUCAUCCUGACCAUCAUUGAGAAAAACCCAUCACUCCUAGAAAUAACAAAACAGUGAUCAUUGUGUUUACUUUGUGUUUACAUUGUGUUUUCAGUCCAUUAAAGGUACAUACAUGCUGUAUGUGCGAGCACACGCACGCACGCAAACACACACACACACACACACACACACACACACACACACACACACACACACACACACACACACACACACACACACACGCACACCUUGCAUGUUCCCUAAAUGUGAGAUUUGUGGCAUCAGAAGCAUUUGCAACUCAACAUGACAAUGUUAUCUUAUUUUAUACCCCCAUGAAUGGAGAUGUCUGCACAGAUGAUCUCCUGUCAAUAUGGCACAAUUCGUACAGUGUGGCAUAAACUCCUUAUAAUAAUAUAGGUAGUUGUCAUUUGCAAGGAAUGAAUGGUGAGACAAUAUGUAUAGAGGGCAUAUUUUAGCUAGCUUCACCAACACUGGUGUUGCAGUGGAGAUUCUUCACAGAAUGCUAAUACACUCAUGCUCAUGUUUGUAUACAAUGAUAUAAAGAAAGUCACAUAUUUUUUUUAAAACUUCUAUGUACAUAGAUUUGUCCUUUAUGUUGCAAGUAUUAUACCCGUAUCAGAGCACUGACUACCUGUUGGUCUUUGAGCUUAAUCCUAAUUCGCAAAACAUUUUGUGAUCAUUGAACCAUUAGUUCUGCCAUCCACCAACAGGUAUUAUGAAAAGCAGGGUAUAUAGGAAUUAUGAUGAGAAUUGUUUUGCCUUUAAGCUGUCUGCUACAGGCCUCAAACAGUGGUUAUAUACCAGUUUCAUUUUACUUGGAUCAAUACAAUGCAGUCAUGCACCCAGCAGAAGGGAAACUGUUCAACAGUUGACACAGUAAAUAAGACGAGGCAUAUUGGAUAUGUUUAGAUUUGUGUUACAAGCCUUAAUGGAUCAGCCAGUGUCGGCCUGUGUGUUCCCGGAGAAACUGCAUUCUUUGGUAACAAGAGAUAUGAGUAUGUGUUGGUUUGUGACCAUGGAGACAGCUUCUGGCAUACUUUGUGGUACCCAUACUACAUUUGGUAAUGCAGAGAUGUAUGAAGUUUCAUUUUUGCACCAGUCAGCAAUGGCCAAAGUUUCAGCUAACUGUGCCUUAGCUCUCCUUGACAUUGUUAAUGUUAGCUUAUUUCAUGGGUAUUUGUCAGUUGUUGCUUGAUCAUUCUGUUAGCACCUCAAAAUAUGUUUCUAAUCAACUGAACAUAUCAAUAUCAUAUUCACAUAACAUUUUCUACCUGUGAGGCAGUUAAAAAUAUUGCAAAAUGUUUACAGAACUAGAAAAAUGUCUGUGAAAACCCUACGUGUUAAUCUAUGGUUUUAAGAAACAACCCAACUUAAUUCUAAUUGAGCUGUUGUGAUUAAAUUCCAGUUGCGUGCUACAUGUCCUACCAAAAUUUUAAUUCUUUGGGCCUUUUGGUUCUGAGAAACCUAUGUUUUAAAGUAUUCUAGUUAUUGUAAAAAAAAUAUUGAAUUUGUCAUGUUCAUGUUCUGUUCUGCCCAUGUACACAUAUCAUUCCCAUUAUGGCUUUUCACAAACAUUUUGUGUAUUUCAUAUUUAGCUAUGGCAGAAAAAAAUAUUUAUGGCCAUUACUCUGCCAUUUUUGUACAAAAUGUAAUGAAAUUUGGUGUUUGUUUAGUUUGUUGUGGGAUUCAAUAUAUAUGCUGUGAUUGGGGAAGUCAUUCACCCUACACAAUUCACACAUACCGGUAGUUUUUGCUAAGAGCAGAUAAAGAAAAAUACAAUUAAGGGCCUGCAUGCACAGUAGUUUUCUUUACCUUGACUUUUCAAAUCACAAUUUUCUUUCAUCAUUACAACCAUUGAAUCUGUGAUUUCCUACCAUCUCUGGCUCGUGACCAGUUAUUGCUUAGGACCAAUUAUCACCAAUCCCUCAUUAUAGCACGCACAUGAUCGCGCCCUGUUUUACUUUGUUUUCAUUACAUGAGAGAAAUUGAUGCAAAACUCACUCUUGUUUGAAAAUAUUAGAAAAAUACACGAAAAAUGCACCUUGCUCGGAUAUCACUUCAGAAAAUUCAUGUAGGUGGUGUACUGCAUCAAAUUCUCGCGAUACAAAAAUAAUACAAAUCGAUGAUGCAAAUUUAGUUUAGUCAUUCUUCCUAAAAAUAUGAUUUCAAAACCUAAAUAAUUUAGCUAUUUUUUCAUUAAUUCUGUAAAUUUUAUUGAAUAAAAUAUUUGAAUGUGAUACCAGAGAUAAUAAAAAAAAUGUAAUUUGUAUACCUUAAAGAGGUGUGAGUGAUCACGUGGCACAUGCUGCUGAGAUAAUGGUGAUAACUGGUACAGUUAGUAGGUGGGAAAGUCCUAUUUCCGCUACUUUGAUUCCCUCUUAUCUGUUAUAACUGAUUCCCAAAUUGACUAAAACUGUUUUCAUGGACAGAAAUAAACACAUUUGCUUAUAGUUUCACACAAAUUAAUUUAACGUUGUUGGUACUAUCAAAUUUAUGCAUGGAAUUUUUCAGAAUUAACACGGAAGAAAUGGCAAUAGCCAGUGCUCAUUAAUAAUUUUUUUCCAUGUACGUAUGGUUUGAAAUGGUUCCAACAUACAUAACAACUAUUCUAUACUCAACCGCAAAAGAAACGCAAGAUGAUAUACUGAACACCAAAAGUUCCUGUGAAAUUGAAUAAGAUUUAUUGCAAAGUUAUGUUUUUUACCAAAUCUGAAACAAUUUUGGUUUGCAACAGAUAAAAGACUCCUGUAAGUGUUCAAAUGGUUUAAUUUGCCAUACUGACUUCAGAAAAUGCGUGAUUUCAUAAAAAAACAUGAACAUGCCAAAAUGUAAAUUCACAAAUCAAUAGAGUGUGUGUCCACCUCUGGUUGCAAUGCAAGCAACACAUCUUCGUCUCAUGGAAUGGACCAGGCUUCGCACAAAGUCCUGUGUGAUAUCUGUCCAUAUCAGCUGGAGCAUGUUUCGAAGUUCCUGGAG